AUCUCUAUGAAUAUGAUUUGUAAACUUGAAACAAACACGUAACUCCCAAAAUCUGCAAGAGUGGUAGGUCUGCUUUGAUUUUUAAAACACGUAAUUGUUGAAAUGUGUGACGCGUUCCCUUGCGUCUAGUUGUAGUAUGACGUGGCUCCUCGUUAAAACUUUCCGUUGAUUUUCCACUAGUUCAUUCAUUUUGCUUUUGCAUUAACGUAAAAAUGAUGGGUGCUGGAGCAUCAACUUUUGCAUCAGAAUCAGAAUCAGCUACACCUGAAGCUCAAAUUUCAGGCAUUUUUAUAUACCCAAUUAAGUCAUGCCGUGGAAUUUCUCUUUCUCAUGCUCCUCUCACUCCUUCUGGACUUCGAUGGGAUCGACAAUGGGUGGUGGUGAAUUCGAAAGGGAGAGCAUAUACUCAAAGAGUUGAACCAAAGCUUGCUUUGGUUGAGAUUCAACUCCCACUUGAAGCUUUCCAUCAACACUGGGAACCUACCACUGAUUCCUUUAUGGUGGUGAAAGCACCUGGGAUGGAACCUCUUAAAGUUUAUUUGAACAAACAGUAUGAAGUAGCAGAUGAUAUAACAGUAUGGGAAUGGAAUGGAUCUGCCUGGGAUGAGGGAGCCGAAGCAUCGCAGUGGUUCUCUGAUUAUUUAGGAAGUCUUAGUAAACUGGUCCGCUUCAAUACUGCUUCAGAAGUUAGAAAAGUAGACCCUGAUUAUGUUGAGGAACAGCACCAGACCUUGUUCACUGAUGGUUAUCCGUUCUUACUCAUAUCUCAAGAAUCGUUGGAUGCAGUAAACAAGCUUCUAGAGGAACCGAUACCUAUGAAUCGUUUCAGACCCAAUAUCCUUGUUGAAGGUUGUGAACCAUUUUCUGAAGACAUAUGGAGAGAUAUCAAGAUAAGCAGGUUUUCAUUUCAGGGUGUCAAGCUGUGUUCCCGUUGUAAGGUACCAACAAUAAACCAAGAGACAGCAAUACCAGAUGGAUCUGAACCAACUGAAACUCUCAUGAAAAUUAGGUCUGGCAAAGUCAUAAGACCAAAUGAUAAAAACAAAAACAAGGUCUACUUUGGUCAGAAUAUAGUCUGGAAUUGGAGGGAUUCUUCUGCUAAAGGGGAUGGAAAAGUCCUUAAAGUUGGAGAUCCAGUUUAUGUUACCAAAAAGUUAUCUUCUGCAGCAGAAGCAGCUGCUUGACCUUGAAUUAUGUGUGUAAAAUAUGUGCAUCAAUCCUUUACCAGAAAGUAAAAAGGCUACAAUGACAUAGACUUUAUCAAACAUUAGUUAGUAUCGAUGUUAUGAUGAAAUUAAGAGUAUUACAUGGUUGCUGAACUUUGCUUUGAGUUGUUGUAACUUGUUAUGCAUCUCUUCUAUCCAAAUAAUCACAUGACAAUAUGGAUUGUGCAAAAAAUAAAAAGACCUUUCGUUUGUUUUCA